AUGGACCCUGAAAUUGAAUUCAGCCAGCAUUUUGCAGAUCAACAGCACCAGGUUGCUACCCCUGGAUCCAUGAUGGCAGAGCACUACGACGACGUUCAGCCAUCGUCUGCACCAAAUUGGAUCACAAGUUUGGAAGAGGAGCUUGAUCAGAAAAUACUGGUGAUUCUACGUGAUGGCAAGAAGCUCAUUGGCAUUUUGCGGACAUUUGACCAGUUCGGCAACUUAAUGCUGGAACGCUGCGUUCAGCGCAUUAUCGUUGGUACAUAUUACGCCGAUGUGUAUCAGGGGGUAAUGAUCAUUCGUGGGGAAAACAUCCUGCUGUUUGGAGCCAUCGAUGAGUCAAAGCCAAAUCCUCUGACAUCUCGACCGCUAUGGGAAGUCCUGGAGCUUCAUGAAGAGCAGGAACGACGCGAGAUGCAGAGGAGGCGCACUCUACGGCAAUUGGGCGACUACAACUAUGGCUAUGACCUGCCAGAUGACUAG